AUGUCAACAACAGCCUGUCGCACUCUCCUGGGCGCCUCGAAGCGCCAGCCCACGGCCAAACUCUCAAACUGCUGCGUCCAAUUACCUUCAGCGGGUUGCGCUGCAGUCAAUCAGACGCGUGCAUCGUCGUCCAACUCGAGAUGGAAAGCGAGGCAGGGCAAGGACAUUUUCGCACGCGAGGCCAAGGUCCAGGGACUCAAGAGCAGAGCUGCAUUCAAGCUUCUCGAGAUGGACGUCAAGUACAGAAUUUUCCGCAAGGGACAGACGGUGGUGGACCUCGGAUAUGCACCGGGUAGUUGGUCACAGGUUGCCGCCGAUAGGACGAAACCCUACGGCAAGGUCCUAGGAAUCGACAUCAUCCCCGCUCAGCCGCCAAAGGGCGUCUCUACGAUCCAGGGAAACUUUCUCUCGCCGGACGUCCAGGCCAUGGUCAAAGAUCACCUCGUCAGGCACAAGGACAGAAAGGGCCCCGCGGGUCCUCCAUCUCCUUCAUCCGAGGGCGAGGAGAGCGAAAGCACCGACGACGACGCGGCCAUUGUCGAAGACCAGCCAAGCUACAUCGAUAUGGAACGGACGGCCUCGGAGGCAGAGCCCGAGACGGCCCAGACGGCGAAGGCGAACGAAGGACGGUUGGUGAAUGUGAGAUUCCCCAGCACUACUCCUACUCCCAAAGAACCAAACCCCGGUUUUGGAAAGGACAGUGAAACUGACAGGGCUAAACCGCAGAUUGUACUGAGUGACAUGUCAGCUCCUUGGGACCAGACCACCGGCUUUGGCGUGAACAGUCUUAGUAAUCCACAUCACAGGAUGAUGAACACGAGCGGCAUAACCUUUCGAGAUCACGCGGGGAGCAUGGACCUCUGCAACGCCGCACUCCAAUUCGCCAGCGACACCCUCAAGAACGGCGGCCAUUUCGUCUGCAAGUUCUACCAGGGCUCCGAGGACAAGGCGUUCGAGCAGAAGUUGAAGCAGCUGUUUGUCAAAGUUCACCGGGAAAAGCCCGAGUCGUCUCGCCGCGAUUCAAAGGAAGCAUACUUCGUGGCUCUCAAGAGGAAGGGCUCCGUAACGUUGGAAGAGUUGGAUUGA